GGGGGGAGAACUGUUUGUAAACAAAACAGUUCUCUCCCCUGUCAGCUUCUGCACACUGCUUUGCAUGGCUAUGCACAGUCACAGCCAUGCAAAGCAGUGUGCUUACAGUGAAGCACACCCCCCCCCCUGCAGCACACAGCACACUGCUAACCCUUUGACCACCCCACAUGUUAACCCUGUCCUGCCCAGUGUCAUUAGUACAGUGUCAGUGCUUUUUUAAGCACUGAUCACUGUAUUGGUGUCAUUGGGGAUGUCAGUGACACCAAGACAGUUCCCCCCAUUGUCAGAAUGCUCACCGCAGUCCCGCUGAUAGCCGCUAUUACUAGUAAAAACAGA